CGCGGCUCUACCGAUUUAGUGUGUGUGGUCGCUUACAAGUGCUGACGCAAGUGCUGAAAGUUUCUAGUUGAUCCGUGGAAUACCGGGGUUGCAUCACGAAUCGAGAAUGAAGAUGCCACUCGGUGUGCUUAGUCUGGCUUUGAUCGCCCUAAGCCAGAGCUACUUAGUCGGGGCCCAGGGCUACGACUAUCCCCAGCCCAAGGUGCCCUUCACCGAUGGCUACUCCUACACCAAGCCAGCGAUCCCCUUCCCGCCACCGCCAGCUCCCAAAGUGGUGGUGUCUAGUGGAUACUCUUACCCUCAGCCAUCGAUUCCCUUCCCGCCGGAGCAGCCCAAGUACCAGCCACCGGUUCAGCAGAUAAUUCCCCAGGAGCCCAAGCUUGUCAGCAAUGGAUAUUCCUACCCGAAGCCUGCGGUUCCCUUCCCUCCACCGGCUCCUCAGCCGAAGCAUCAGGGAUACGACUACCCCAAGCCGGCUGUUCCAUUCCCACCACCGACAAACCCACCGCAGAAGUACCUGCCACCCACAAAUCCACCACCACAGCCCAAGUCGGGCUACGAUUACCCGAAGCCAGCCAUCCCGUUCCCACCACCGACGGCUCCGCCACAGAAGUACCUGCCCCCGGUGACCACCACCACUGCUGCUCCACCACCGCCACCACCGAAGUACCUGCCACCUCCACAGGUGAAGUCGGGCUAUGACUACCCCAAGCCGGCCAUUCCAUUCCCACCUCCAGCUCCCACAAAGUACCUGCCGCCCGUGGUCCCCACCACCCCACCAGCACCCAAGUACAUUCCCCCACCAACUCCCGCCUACAUUCCCCCGCCGCAGCCCAAGUCGGGCUACGACUAUCCCAAGCCCGCCAUCCCAUUCCCACCACCCACGAAUCCCCCACAGAAGUAUCUGCCGCCUACAAACCCGCCACCACAGCCAAAGUCAGGUUAUGACUAUCCCAAGCCCGCUGUUCCGUUCCCACCACCAACGGCUCCACCGCAGAAGUACUUGCCUCCGGUGACCACUACACCUGCGCCUCCUCCACCACCACCGCCGCCGAAAUACCUGCCUCCUCCCCAGGUGAAGCAGGGCUACGAUUACCCUAAGCCAGCCAUUCCAUUCCCACCGCCCACCAACCCACCACAGAAGUACCUCCCACCUGUUGUGGUCACACUGCCACCGCAGCCAAAAUACUUGCCACCUGUGAAGCCCACAAGCCCACCCCAGCCCAAGUACUUGCCGCCUCCCCAACCCAAGUCUGGUUAUGAUUAUCCCAAGCCAGCUAUUCCAUUCCCACCACCCACGAACCCGCCCCAGAAGUAUCUGCCACCUGUUGUGGUCACAUCCCCACCUCAGCCCAAGUACUUGCCACCUGUGAAACCCACAAAUCCACCACAGCCCAAGUAUCUGCCACCUCCGGCGCCAAAAUCGGGCUAUGACUAUCCCAAGCCCGCCAUUCCAUUCCCGCCACCAACAGCGCCACCCCAAAAGUACUUGCCACCCGUGACCACCACUUCGGCACCGGUUACAAGGUACCUGCCCCCAGCAACGAAUCCACCCACUCCCAAGUACUUGCCACCUCCUCAGGUGAAACAGGGUUAUGAUUACCCCAAGCCAGCUAUUCCCUUCCCACCACCAACGGCUCCUCCACAGAAGUAUCUGCCUCCUGUGACCACUACUCCCGCUCCACCACCACCACCGCCACCCACCUACUUGCCUCCUCCCCAGGUGAAGCAGGGCUACGAUUACCCUAAGCCCGCAAUUCCGUUCCCCCCACCCACGAAUCCCCCCCAGAAGUAUCUGCCACCUGUCGUGCCCACCAGUCCUCCCACACCCAAGUACCUUCCUCCUCCUCAGGUGAAGCAGGGAUACGAUUAUCCCAAGCCAGUCAUCCCAUUCCUACCGCCCGCACCAAAAAUCGAUGGCUACUCCUACCCCAAGCCAGCGAUCGCCUUCGAUUUCUGAUUCCCUAAAUCCUGAAUCCCUAAUCCCGAAUCCCAGAAACCCGAAUUCCUUCAUCCUCCGCCCGGCCACUCAUCACUGAUUAAAUGACACAAUUGCCUCUGUGUCCGCAUAGUGAUCCUUAGGAACGUACGAAAUUGAAUAAUUGUAAUUAACUGUAAUAAUUUAAUUUAAUACCUAUCUUUAAUGAUGUACCAGGGAUCUUGCCUGCGAACUCUCCAAUCGAACUUAGUCAUUAAAAUAUGUUUAUUAAA